AUGGCUGCCGCCGUUCCACGGAGAUGUCGGACCAUCUCAAGCGGGCAGUUGAAAGAGAUCGAUUCGCGUGUUUCCGUUGAAUCCGUGGUUCCACAUUCUGCCCACUGGGAAAAAUAUGCAGCCUUGGGAGCUCGCUGUGCAUUCAUCUGGCCCGAGCCGCCUGAUCUGUCGCGGGGAGGCUCGGAAUGCAUACCGAGGCAGAAAUCCCGAUCUCGAGGGCAGCGGAACACAAUAUUUUCGCGCCGCAGCCUUGUUCGAAUCCUACAGGAGGAGGGGGUGUGGAAUGAGGCCGCCUGGUACUCAUACUAUGCUGCAGAGGAGUCAUCCGAGGCUACAGAGGGCUGUGUCGUGGCAGCAGAAACGUCUGAUGAUGCUGCAGGGUUCUCCUCUGAGGCCUCAGUGGAUCAUUCCGGUCCUACUGAGGGCCUCGCUGAGGGUGAACGGGAUUCUAACGAUUCUGCAGGUGAUUCUUCUGAUAUGUCGUCACGGACUGAGAGCAGGCUAAGCAGCAGCUUCAGCACCAGUGCUGUUGAGGGGAGUAUUAUUUACCACAGGCUCUACUCCACUGGAGAAUACAUCGACUUCAGCAGUCAGUUCAGCUUUGGGUUGACUUGGGCAAACGUUACGAGAGAAGUGCUCAGUGGCGUUUACAGUAACUUGAAGAAGGGCGGAAAUGGUUGCUCAGGAACGGCAGCGAUCGUGUCUACAGGAGUGGCUGCUGACAUGGGCGUUGCGGUGGAUGCUGACCUGGCUGCUGCGCUGGAUGCUGACGUGGGUUUUGCGGUUGCUGCUGGCGUGGAUGUUGCGGUUGAUGCUGACGUGGGUGCUGCAAUGAAUGCUGAUGUGGGUGGAGCGGUUGAUGCUGACGUGGGUGUUUUCGUUGAUGCUGACGCGGGUGCUGUGAUGAAUGCUGAUGUGGGUGCUGCAGUGGACCCUGGCAUGGGUGCGGCAAUGGGUCCUACUGCAGGCACGGCUCUGUCACUUGCCGCUGCAGUGCUGUUGUUUGCAGGCUCAGCACAGCAAUGUUGCUUGCAGGCCCAGCUCUGUUGCUUGCUGGCACAGCUCUUUUGCUUGCUGGCGCAGCAAUGUUGCUUGCAGAGAAGAAUUCAGCCUCGAGAAAAGCAGCAGCCGGUUCCAAGUCAGACAAUGCGGGAGCUCUUGCGGUGA